GCAGCAGACGGAAAGCGGAGAGAGUGUGUGUGAGUGUGUAUGUGAGCGAGCGGAGAGCGUGUGAGUCGCUUCCAAACACAAACAGAAGAGAAGACGCGCAGGAAGCAGAUGAAACCCAUCGACUGUCUCGGAGCGCGAGCACGUCUGCGGGCUUAGUGGAACUCAUUCGUCUGGACGGUGGACGCGCAGAAUUGAUCUGCUGAAGUGAAGUGAAACAGGAGGCUACUGGAUAUUUCCUAAACAACGCACACCAUCCUACAGGAGCUACAGUUAUACACCUUUGCACCCUUUUUGUCAUUUUACUUUGUUUUUCGAUAUAUAUGGUGACAUCACCUGUGAAAUCACUGGUGUCCAGUACAGGAAUGCUCCUGUUGAAAAGCUGCAGGCUCCGGUGUUGUCUGUUCGAGCGUUCUCAGAUUUGAUGAACUGGAAAAUCCACAGAUUUUUGAAGGAUAAGCUCAUACUUUGUUUCAGGUACUCUGGCUCUCUGACGUGAUAACUGGAGGACCCCUAAAGAUGAUUUCAAGUUUUACUUUUGCUCUCCUGUCAUCUGAUAUGGCUCAAAGUACAAGCUGCUGAAAGCAAAAGCAAUGCCCAUGACUCCGUAGCACCAAGCUCCCACAGCUUUUGUGAUGUGACGCAUCAGCCCCCAUUGUUUUUGCCUUGAUCUCGCACCCUCGCUGUUUUAAUGAGGUGAACGUAUUCGACUCGUGACUUUCUUCAACGAAGCGUUGUGUGGUGCAGCCCCACGCUCUUUUCCUUUUUUUUUUUUUUUCUCUCAGUGUGCAUCCUCAGCUUACGAUGAGUUUGUGAAAGGAGUUUCUGAACUUCAAAGCAAGCACGACGUGCUGCUUUUUUUUUUUUUUUUCUCCACUUUCUUUCUUUUCUUUUUUUUUUUCCAGCCUCCCAGAUACAGAGACAGGUCGAACCCCCCUGGGCUUUUCCUUCUACGUCAUUUUUACUUUGUGUCGCUCUGAAUGCACACUGCGAAAUGAUGGAGUGAGGGUCUCCUGGAGAUUUACUGGAGCGUCACAGGUUGAUUGCUACAUCUUGUACUUCCACCAACAUCGAUCAAAAUAGCGUGUUUUCUUGACCACUUCGACCAUUUUCCAUUUUAACAUUACGUGGGACAGCCAGACACCAAGACGUGGACAUCCUGGAGGCUGGAAUUUGUUUGUGGCGAGCGUCUGCUGUUCCGUGGCUGCUGUUCAGUUGCACUCCUGAAGCUGUGUAAGGGGACAGGUGUUCGUGAGUGCAGGGACAAAGCUAAGCACAGGGCCACUGGACUACAGAGCUCACGACUCUGGGUUCAGGCCAUGAGGUUUCAUGCCUCGAUCCACUGACGGGAGACACUGGACCUAAAUGGCGCAGCAUGACUUUGUUCCUGCCUGGCUUAACUUCUCCACGCCUCAGCCUGCCAAGUCCCCUGCAGCCCCUCUUGAGAAACAUGGUGAGCACUGUGCUCGUGGAGACGGCCGGCCGGGAGUGAGUCGUCGAAGACACAACUCUUCAGAUGGCUUCUUCAACAACGAUCUGCUCCGUGCUCCAUCAGGUGAUGGGUGGCUCCAGCCAUCUCUGCUGAGGCACGAUUCUGUCGACUCGGGUGUUGCUAAGGGCAAUCAAGGAGGUUUGGGUAGCGGACAUGGCUGGAAGGAGACCCCCAGCUGGCAUGGGGCCCCACGCGGUCAAGAGGGUCCUCACCACCACCACGGGCGCCAUGCCAAACGCGGAGGAGACAGGGACAGACAAGGUGGCCAUCGGCAGCGCAACGGCAACUUCCAUCCACGCAAAGGCGCCCACUUCCAGGACCGCUACUCUGACGAGGAGCGCAAUGACGACAAGCUUAAGUUUGUUGAAGAGGAUUUUCCCUCCCUGAAUCCAGAGACGUCCGGGAAGCCAGUGAGUCAGGCUCGCGCUGUGGGAACUCCAGCAGGCGUGUGGGAGAAUCCUCCCAGCGCUAAGCAGGCUGUGUCCAAGAUGCUGGUCAUUAAGAAAGUGUCUAAGGAGGACCCCAGUGCUGCAUUCUCUGCUGGUUUCGCCAGCGCCGGCCCUCUGCCUGCAAACGGCUCCAAAGUCCCCAUCACUGGACCCAGUGUCUACAAGAACCUUGUUCCCAAACCUGCUACUGCCCCAACUAAGACUGGCCCUUGGAAACCUAACGGAAGGGAAACUAAAGUGGGUUUGCAUUUCUCUGGUCGGGAUUCAGCCUUCACCAGCCCUGUGUCUGUGACCAAACCUCUGACCCCGGUCAACGCACCCCCUCACGGCACUCCAAAAGAGCCACCUUCCAGCACUACUCCUCCAAUAGACAUCACUCCUCCUCGGCUGAAGCUGAUGCGACGAGGCACAGACCGUAAGAGCGAGUUCCUGCGUGGACUCAAGGACGAGAGGAACGGGGAGAUGGGCAACUGCCACAGCCCUGGAGCUCCAACAGAGGGAGAUUUUGGUGUGUUUCAGGGAGAAAGCAGUACUCCUGAGCCUAAAGAGUACGGGGAAGGCCACGAGAAUGGCAUGUCUCAUUCUCUUAGUGACUCAGACACUGAGCACCUAUCCAGUUCACUGGAGGCCGAACACCGGCUGCUUAAAGCAAUGGGCUGGCAGGAGGAUACCGAGAACGAUGACUUCCAGCCUCUCACUGAGGACGAACUUAAAGAGUUCCAGGCUAAGACUGAGCAGAUGAAGAAGAACGGGCUAGGGCGGAACGGUGUGCUCCUGAAGCCGCGCACUGUGGCUCUGCUGGGUUGGAGGAACUCCACCAACGCCGGCCUGGAUGAAGGCUCCGAGUCUGAGACCAGCAGUAGCAGCCAGACUUCAGAUGACGAGGACACCUAACGUGGCUUUAAAUCUCCCUCUGUCCUCUUUCUCAAUCACUCUCGCUCACAUUCAUUCUGUCUCUCUUACAUCAUACCUUUACAUUUCAAGCGAAAAGAAAUCGAUCGGAUAUAUUGUUUCCAUGGACAAGAGCCAUCAGUCAUAUCCCAGUGCGAGCGAGCGAGAACACUGAAAUGACAUGUCAUGGGCAAUUUGUUUUUCUUUCUUUCUUUUCUAUCCUGUUCACAUGUUUUUUUUCCCCCCCUUUUUCCUCCCCAAACUAGAAAUGUCUAUCUAAAGCCACACACGUGUGCACACACACACACACACACACACACACACACACACACACACACACACACACACACACACACACACACACACAUCCCCACCAGAUACUUUUUUUUUUGUUUUUGCUUGGGAAAAAAAACUAACUCAUAACACCAAUUAUAACCGUGACUUAACGUGGAAUAUGACUUCAUCUGAAUGUUAUAUAAAAUGGCUUUGACACCUUUCUUAAAUAUAUAUAUAUUUUUUUUCCUUUUUGCGAAAACAAUUCGUAGCAUUAGUGUUAAGACGAAACAAUCAUUGAGAGCCCCUAACAGCGGCAUUGCUCCCAGUCCCUCAUAGAAAUAAACACAAGCCAGCAAGAAAGCACUAAAUCGAAAGCCCAAAUAUAUAUAUAUUUUUUUUUUUUUUUUUUUUUUUUUUUAUUAUAAAUAGUACAGUUUGGCAGCUAAGAUCCAAGCCCUUCUCAUGUGUUUGACUCCAACUGUACUGGUUCCACUGUUCUCACUCUGCUUUUUGAAGUACACGUGAGCAACGUACGGUCAAAAGUGAUGCGUCGGGUUUGAGAAUAUAUUGCCAGAGUGAUGAGGAAAUCAUUAUUAAAAGGCAGUGAUAGAGGGAAGCUUAACUGACCAAUGGGUUUUCUUUGGAUGAACAUCAUAAACAUGACCUGUCCAGGUGCAGUGAACAAAAAUUUUCAGAUUUUAGCGAUUGCCGAAAUUCUAAAUGGUUGUUCUUGUUCUGUAAUCAUUAUAGUUAAUGUGUUCCUGAAGCCAGAUCGUUGAGGUUAAGCAUCUUACAAGUCAGCUGUUGCGUUGCAUCAAUUUCAUUGGUUGCACUUGCAAAAAAAAUAAUAAAUUAAAUAAUAAUCAGAGGAAAUUGCAACUGCAGCCAUGUCAAGCACAUGAAUCCACCGGCAAGAAAUGUACUUGCAGUGAUGGAUUUCUAAUUGGCUCGUUAGAAAAAGAAAAAGAGUAUUUAGUCUGUAGAGCUUUCCUCUUGGCUCCGACUUAUACACACAAGUUCUGUUCGGUUCACUAAUGUAUUUACGAGAACUCUAGAUGCUCGUCUGUCCAUGCAGCUGAUAGAACAGUAGAUGCCCAUCUGCAAAAGUUCUGUAUUUCAUGAGGGACUGCUGGUGGAAAUUGAUGCAUCUCCAUUUUUUUUGUACCUUAUUUUUGCUGAUAGGGUAUAAAAAGGCUUUAUUACAGAAUUUAAGUUUCUUUUUUAUGUUGGUACAGCUGUAAAAAAUCCCACCUAAAUAGGUUUUUCUUCUUUUGUUUGCAUUAUGUUGUUCCUGCAGCCUUGAUAUUCAGGGUGGAUUGUAAAAAAAAAUAUAAGAAUAAAAAUUGUGAGUUUUGGAA